AUGGAGCCCACGGAGCCCAUAUUGAACAACGAUGACCCAGCAACGUUCAACGAGGCGUUCGGCUCGUGUUUGGCACGAAAAGAGUUCGGCACUUUGGAGUGCGUUAAUCGUGGCACUCUGAGUGCUCUUCAGUUAUUAAACCAGGAAGAUGAUCUCGAUUUUGGGGAGGUGCAUUUGGAGAGGGCCGAUGGGUACGGUAGAGAGCUUCUCGAUUGGGAUUAUGACCCGAAGGACUUUGGGAAUAUCGUGAAAGCGGCUACCAGGUUGAUGGAACGCAGGAGCUUGAAGUGGAGUCUGGAUAACGUGUAUCCUGGGCUGCAGUUGCGGGCGGGUCCUAUGCUGAAUGGAAAUGGGAUGCUGGAGUUUGUGAUUGAUGAGAGGUCGGCUGGUUUUGCGGACAGACAUGCGGGUCCAGGAAGACAACUCAUGAGACAGCUACUGAUCCCCUUCCUCCUAGGACUCAAAUUCAACCUAGCAGCACUAAUCCCCCUGCUCUUCGGCUUCCUAGUGCUGCUCACAAAGAAAGCGCUAUUGCUAACCAAGAUAGCGCUCUUCAUCAGUGGUCUCCUGGGUUGGAAUUCAUUAUUCUCCUCAGCCUCUGCACCCUAUCCAAAUGGAUUCUACGCGUACAAUCAAGAGCAGCCCGUCGCAGCUUUCCCUCACUUCGAGCAACAGAAUUUUCAUCAUAGACCCUACAGAGGUUUCUACAACGACGAAUUUGAGCCGUACAGUCAGCACGUGAUUAGGGAGGUUGUUGAUGUCUAUGAGAACUCGGAGGACAGGAAGAAUAAACGGAGUGGGAAGAAUUUUGUUUGGGUGAAAAAUAGCUGA